CAGUCCGCCGCGAGCCGCCGCGUUGCAUACACGUAAGGUACACAAAGUGCUCGACAUUACCGCAUCAUAGAACUAUCUUGUGAGUAAAACGCCCGUAUAAAAAACGUUUUGUGCAUUAAAGUGAACUGAGAACUCGUGAGUUAAUGACAGUGUUAGAAAAAAUACACCCCACCCAUCUAAACAACUACGUCGAGUAUCGAUUCAAAGGAUUUUAAGUCGGUAGUCGUAAGAUGGACAUUUGUGUGGGACAGUGAAGUGGUAGUGUAGUGCGUGAGGGUCUGGACGUCUGUCGCUGGUGAAGAGGAUGUGAGCAAUGCCUUCAGACAGCGGAGCGUGGGCGCCGCCCGCCGCGGGCGAGCGUCGGCUCAGCAACUCCUCCGAUGGCAGUGCUGGUAGCGGAUACUCUAAAACUACGACAGACAGCGCGGAUUUCCUGGCGGUUCGUCCUCAUACAGCGUCGGUCCUGCCGGGCAAGCCCGCGGGCAACCCGCUGCAGUUCAUCAAAGUAGGGCCCGCGGACCUCGGCAGCAGAGCGCGGGAACAACUGCGGCGAGCGCAGGCCGCCAAGCGAGUUGAGCCCGCCGCGUUAGAGCGACAGGAGGACUGGCAGUCGAACCUGGACAACUGGAAGUCAUCGCGGCGGAAGCGGGUAGAGCACAUCAUCGAGCGGUGCGUGGAAGUACGUCGCAUGGAGUGUGAACCCAGUCAGCCGCGCGCCAAGAGCAAGACAUUCAACGAAAUGCUCGAAGAACGAGCGGGUCGCAGAAGGCGGAAUCCACUGGCGUUGUACACGGAGGACGACGGUCACGACCUCAGCGAUCUUGGUAUCGGUACCUCCAGCACCAAGAGCAGCCUCAGCGAGGACUGCGACACUCACAGUCUCGCUAGCGAUGGCAUGGACCUCGAUAAAAACCACUCGGACGUGGAUACUAUGUCCAAUUGCGGUAACAACCGCAAGUUCGGUUCGAGUGCCAACGAAUACGACACCUGCACGACAACCACGAUCAGCUCGCCCGAGCCCGAGGAGUACACGUAUGAAGGCGCUAUCGAGGGCUACAAAUCCAGAAUUAUUUCACAGACGAACAGCAGUAUGGUUAAAACGGUCGUCAAUAAUAAUUGUAAAGAAAAAUCUCCUGAAAAAUCUAACGGAGAUUUUAAUAGAAUCAGAACUUCCGUUAAUAACAAAAUAGAAGAAAAACUGUCCUCCUUAAAACAAGAACGAAUUAUUGAUAUGAAGAAUAAUAACAAGAAAGAUUUACCAAAAGUGGACAUCCACAAGCGUAGAGAACAAUUCGAAAGAGAAAACUCACAAGAAUUACAAUUGAAUAAGCCAAAAUUACCUGAAAUUACUAAUAAAAAAUCAAUUAAAGAUAGGCUUUCAAGCUUAGAAAAGUUCACAGAAGAAAUACAUAUACAAAAGUCACCAAGUGACCUGACUAAGUUGCCAUCUGAAGUAAAACCGUUGAAAGAACGAUUAUCGUCAUUAGAAAAAAUAAAGACAUCGGAACCUGAGAAAUUCAAGAGAUUAUCCAACGGAGAGUUGAAUACGACAAAGUCUCUAAAAGAACGCUUGAAUAGCCUCAAAUCUCAAGUUUCAGAGGAAGAAAUUAGAGUCGCAAAAUCUGACGUAAAACAAGUUUCUAUGAGUUUAAAGGAACGGCUUUCUUGCCUCGAUGCUGCCAAAAAUAAGGAAAUUCCUAAAUUAUCGGUCGAAGAGGAGAUAGUCAAUAAUGAAAAUAGUGACAUUAAAACUUGUGAUAAUUUUAAAGAAAAAUCGCCCGAGGCGUCUUUAACGUGUAGUUUGUCUGGCAUAGAAAGUCAAAUGCAGAGCUUCUGUAGGUCUCUCGACAGUUUAGAUAUAAACGGUCAGUCUUCGCCUAACUCGUUCGAAAGAGUGCAGAGCCUCGAGGACUUCGACAGUGUCGAAAUGCAAAACAACACCGUCCCUAGUGACAUCGAGACAGAAGACAGUGGGAUACAUACCGCCAGGGAUUCGUGCGCGCCGCCGGACGACAUAGCGGAUCUCACUCAAGUAGCUUCUCCCAUCGGAGAACCUAUGGCUGAGGUGUCUGAAUACGAAUCUUCUAAUGAAGACAAUAUGAUCGGAUUAGAAUCGACUAAAAUGGAAGAAUGUCACCUUAAAAAUAUUAAAUCCGAAUUGACAGUAGAAAAUGAUACUAGGGUGGAAGAAGCUGACGAACAAGAUAAAACUGAAAACACCGACAGUGGGAGCAACUACAUUCAAGCGCUGUCUCAACCUGAAGAAUUAAGUGUCACCGAAGAUAUCACAGAAAUUCAACUUGACAAAGAAGAUGAAGACACAUUGAAAAGUUUAGAGAAUCAAGACUCCAGUGUAAGUUUAAAUGAUCCCGUGUCUACCUCGGAAGGCGAUACCGUGGUAUUUCAGGGAAAAAUGACUAUACAUUUAAACUUGGAUGAAAUAUGCAACGGUCUAAACGCUGGUCAAGGGAACAAUCUUAAUAUUAACGAAACUAACCUCUCUAAUACUAACAGCAAAAGCAUGCCAAUGGUAAUUGAUGCUUUAGAAUUAGCAUUUAAAGAACUUGAUUCAGAAGACAGUGCAGCAAGUGAUAGCAAAAUGGAUGAAGAAAUAAAAACAGAAGAAAACAAGAUCGAAGGGAAAUCUAAACAGGAUUUACUUGAUUUUGAUAUAGAAAAAGUGUCGGUGACGCCGUUAUAUGAAAAUAUAGAUAUAUUCUACCAAAAUACUGUAGAUGCCACAAGUGCGUUCCCAUUAGACUUGCCAACUAAUGUUCUGGAACCUCCUAAAGAGAAGCCUCCUCCACCACCCACAGAAGAAACUACGGAAGAUGAACUUCUUGGAAAUGGUAAUUUCAAACACACAAGUUCCGCUCGUCGUAUCAAGAAGGAAAUCCGGAACAAACGAACUUCUUUCCUCGGUAUAGAAGGUCAAGUUGAUGAUAGUUAUUUAGACGCUGAUCUGACUUUAGCCCCACGUCCUGAUAUCACAUCAUUCUUGCAAGAGGAGACUAAAAUCGAGAAGUUGCUAUACAAGAAGACUUUAUCUCAUGAUAUGGACGCUAAGUUGAGAGACAGCAGGGAUUCAGGAGUGGAUAUAGAUAGGGGUCCAUCAGCUGAAGCUUGGUAUAAAGGACACUCUUCACCCGAGACUUCUAAUCCACACAGCAGACAAAAUAGUGAGCCUUACACCCAUGUUACUGUAACUUCAGACGAAGAAGAGACAGCAAAGAAAACGGAAAACUUCACUGAAGAUUUAACAACUAAACUUAAUACACUGACCACAGAUAAUGAAACAAAAAUAGAAAGUUUGGAUAAAAAAUUACAACAACAACAGGCGGCCGGCACUAACGAGGACUGGCCUGACGGGCACUUUGAUGAUUCUCAUACCAAGGAAGUCCUGCGAUUCGAAAGGGAACUACUACAACUAGAGCAAGAAGAAUUAAGAAGACAGAGGGAGAAUCUACUCAGAGAUCAGAAUAGAAUAAUCCAAAAGUCAGUACAGGAUAUAUCGAGUGUCACGAACACUACAGAUAAGACACCAGUCGGCAGAAUAAAAAAAGCUAACCAAAACUAUAGGCAUUCGAUGCCAAAUCUAUUGUUGAACGAAAACUACACUCCAGCACCAUUAACGAAGGUUCCAGAAAGAUCUGUUUACGAUGAGACCAUGAAACGGAAGCCAUUCGUGUCAGAAGAACAUAUUCAGAGUCACUUCGGUGUGGAGGAGAGUAGGAAAGUUCUGUAUGAGGACAAGGGGAAGUUUCCUGAGAGGAGGGUCGCGACCAGCGUUCCACGGCAACCAGUAUUGCCUCCAAAACCGAGGAGCAGAGAGUCUAUUGAAAGGGAAAUUACCAUGAGGAGCAGCCGCGUUCCUUCAGCUGUCGAAUACGUUAACGUACAAAUGAGGCAUAAACCGACACCCAACGGCAUUAACGGCAAUUUAAACGGCAACAGCAAUGGACAAUACCACCCUAUGACGAGACAUACGUUACAGGCACUGAGCGCGGCGCCGACACCGAAGCUGAUAUCCAAUAAGGAGUGGCUGCAGGCGCGGAGCAGACAGCCCGCCAACUAUAACUAUAACCAGCACUGGCUCAUACAAGAAGCAGAACAUCGUCGGAUAGAAGAGCACAAGAAUAAGAUGCGUGCUAACCAGCGCCACUCUUACCAUGACGGUCACAGCGUGCCCCAUAAUGUGCCCCACGUGACCCACAGUCAGCCCAUCUUGCCCCAAACCCAACCCUACAUGCCCCCGAGCAAGCACGCGCAACACAACGGCACACAAAAUGCAAUUUACAAUUCCAAUCAAACACGACAUUUGCAAACUACAAGCCAACAACAGCUGCCGCCCGACUUCCGGGGCGUGCGGGAGGGCCGCGAGGGCAGGGAGGGCAGGGACGACAAGCAUGUCCUCAGCGUUAGCGGCAAGAGGAAGUGCUCCCACUGCGGAGAGGAACUCGGUCGCGGCGCAGCCAUGAUAAUCGAGUCUCUAUCUCUUUGCUACCACGUGUGGUGCUUCUCGUGCGCGGUGUGCGGCGCGCGGCUCGGCGACGGCCGCAACGGCGCCGACGUGCGCGUGCGCGCCUCGCGUCUGCACUGCCACCACUGCUACUCCGCUGAUGAUGGCUCCAAGUACUCCUGCGUCUGACUCCUCGCACCACACUACGGAAAUUACAAGCCACUGGAAUUCAAUAAAAGGCUCCAAUUCAAUUUGUCACAUCUCACUUUGAAUUAAUUUGACACUUUACGAUUGUCCAAUUUCUAAAAUAAUCUAGACUUAUUCAAUUAUUAAAUACUAUUAAUCCGUUAAUGUUGUAACCACUAACAUUUUCAAACUACCCCACGUGUAUACCCACGAAGACUAAACUACGGUAGUUUUAAUAUUUCAUUGUAAUACUUAAUUAACAAUAUUAAAUGUGAUUUCUAAUAUAAAUGUUAAGAUUAGUUUUCGGAAAGGACUUUAUGUAAACGGUAAAUAAUAUUUUGUUGACUCCACCUUACUAUAUAAUGUGUUCAAUUAAUAUACCGUAAUAUUACGUAAUUGGACAAUAUUCAAAUAUACUAAAAAAAGUUAAUUUUUAAUAUAAAAUGUUACUAAGAUCUAAAUAAUGAAUAUAAUUACUAUAUUUUUGAGAGAAUUUAUAUUACUACGUAUCUUAAAAGGGAAGAAUAUUUCUAGGUUCCGUCUAUUCCGAGCUAGGUAUAUAACCUGGAAGUAACCCUCGAUGACGUCAUAGACGUGACGUCAGCACCCCCGCACCAAAACGUCAGUGAGACUCAGCGAGUACUGAGUCCACCAAUGCACGCUUUUGUACCAAAUCACCGUGAAACAUUUUCAUAAAAUUGAGUUUCAUAAAACUCAACGAGUAUCGUAAAACUCAUGAGUGUCGCGAAACUUACGAGUAUCGUGGAACUCAUGAGUUUUGUGAUAUUGUAAUUAUUAUUCCGUAGAGAUAUGAAAAUUAUUGUUUUUUUAUUGAUUAGCACUGAAAUUGCAUUAUCACUUGAUUUUAAUGAUUUUGUUUACUUAAAAGUUCUGUUAGAUAAAGUUUAGGAACAUCUAAUCUUUUUAAAUAAUUAUUUUUUCUAAGUUACACUUUUAGUUCAACAGCUAUCUUGUAGUUCGAAUUGCGAACGUUAUUGUGUGACUUAUUUUAAUUCAUACAAUUCAUACACUCCACAUCGUGCCAUGCCGUAGUUCCCUUGGAAAUUCACUUAAUAACACAAUAGUUUUAAAAUCAGUGAUUAACGUUGCGAGGUUAUUAUAAGAUGUUUUUGUAUAAUUCUGUAAAUAAUAUAUUUAUGUUAUUAGUGUGUGUUAUUGUAAGCUUUAAUAGUAUACGUUAGUGUAACAUUAAUCCAAAUAUUGUUUUGUCUAAUUUUUGUAUAGUUUUUGUAUACCGUGUCCCCCGCGCCCCGCGCCCCCGCCGGCCCCGCGUCGUCUGUAAUUAUGUUAAUUUUUGAACAAUUUGUACAUUAUCUGUGGCAGAUCUAAACUGUAUAUCAAUAAAUAAAUAUUACACAA